AUUACAAUAAUUUCUCCCUAAGAAAGUCCAAACCCCUUGGCCUAAUUGACUGAUAAAUCCCAGGAAAAAUCUUUCGUUUUCCCUUUCAAAACAAGGGAAAUACCACAAACCCACGUGAAAAUUUUCGCUAAUUUUUUCUUUGUUCAUCGAGGGUUCUCAUUUCUUCAGAUUUCUCAAAAUGGGUCUUAAAGAUCUUCGUCUCAAACUCAAGGGGCUUCGAUUGGGGAGGUUUCUGAUGAGGAAUACAAGGAAGAACCGACGGGGGACGGUGGCGGAGGUGAGUAAGGCGUCGUGGAUGGCGCCGGUGAAUCAUGGGUAUCAUGUGGUGGCGGAUCAGUCGUGUUCGAGAAUUUGGGAAGAUGAAUCGGAUUAUGACUCUGUUGUGGUUCAGAGAGAGCAGAUGGAAGGGAUUGAGUUAUGGUUUUUUGGGGUUUUUGAUCCUCAAAUUGGUGAUAAAGUGAUCAAGUUCAUGCAAACCCAUUUCUUUGAUAAGAACUUUCAAGAGUCGCAAGUAAUAAAAGGGAAAGGAAGAGAAGCAAUGAAGAAAGCACAUCUGAGUGCAAGAACAAAGGUGAGAGAAGCAAAGGAAGGGAAGGUGUCAUGGAAAAUAGGAUCAUCUUCAGCAUUGGUCAUCGAUGGAGAUAAAUUGGUGAUUGCUAGCAUGGGGGAUUAUAGAGCUAUUGUAUGUGAAGAUGGCCUGGCUCAUCAAAUAAGCUGUGAUCAAGAUUCAGCCAGCCAACGUUGGCCUCGUAGAUUAAUGCUCGGAAUGAAGCCUCGGAAAAGCUCUGAACUCGUGCUUGCAACCAAAAGAAUCAACUCGGAAACUGAAUUUGUAAUAUUGGGGAGCAAUGGCAUAUGGGAGGUGAUGAAGAACCAAGAAGCUGUGAAUCUGAUAAGACACAUGGAAGACCCACAAGAAGCAGCAGAGUGUUUGGCAAAGGAGGCUUUCACAAGAAUGAGCAAAAGUAGUAUUUCUUGUUUGGUCAUACGUUUUGACUAAAUUUAACAUUUUCCAAAUCCUUUUCUUCUAAUAUAUUUUUCUAUCCAAUCUCUUCACAACUUGGGUUAUAAAAUGCUAUGGUGUAAAUAUGAGCUAUAUAGUUUUUACUCUAAUAGAUUCCUUUCAUAAACUCUCAUCCAAAAACAUAAAAAUUUUGGAGACCUUAUUGCUUA